CGCAGUCUAACAUCUUGAAUGGUGUAAUAAACUGAUUUAGUCAGUCGGUGUGUCUAGAUCUGUUGUCUUACAAGGUGGGGAAAUUUCCAGGUGUUUGUGUGUGAGAUUUUUGGGUAUUUUGAAUAGGUGCAAAACAGAAUAAAUAACAUCGGAGCCAUGGAUUGGUUGGGGGGGGGCAUAUAGAGAAGAGAUGAAAAACCCAACAUUGUUUUAGACAUGUAUAAAAAGCAUUUUUGUUCUUCCAGUGUUAAGCUCAUGUUCAGUUCAUUCCGUGGAUGUUUAUGCUGCUGUUAUUUCUCUGCCUCAAAGUCAGCCCUUCGUUGCCUCUCUUAUUUUUUUAAUAUACUGUACGUGAUUCGAAAAUAUUUGUGCAGCAAUUCCAACUAGGAGAUGUAGCUUGCCUCCUCCUUGGUUUUGAUGAAGAGCCUUUGGGGUGGUUGACGAUGUUUAGAUUUAUUUUGUUUAUAACUGUUUCCCAAAAUUGUUUCAGUAGCUUGUAGUUAAGCACUUUGCAGUUCUUGGUUUAUUUUUCAAUUAAAGUCAUCGUAUAAGUGAAAGGUUUGCAUGUAAAAUAAACAAACCCGUUUUAUUUCCAAAGUAGGGCUUUCUGUUGUGUUAGGCCUUCUCUGUUAGUAAUAAUGGCUGCAGUCCUCCCUAAAAAAAGAAGAAGAUUUUGCUCCUAAGCAAGUAUGUGCAUGUUUGCCGCCAAUAUGGGUAGGUUUGAAGCUGUGUUUAAAAAUUGGAGCGGCUCAGAUAAAUGUGCACAUUUAAAGGCAUUUGUAAAAUAAUGAAGAAACAAGCGAGAUUCAACUUGCUUCUGCAGCACUGUGAGGCAGGAUUGAUAAUGUGUAUUUUUUUCUUUUUAACUAACAUUCCAAGAUGGAUGUUUCAGAGGGAAGGAUUUGCUGUCCCAUGCAUAUAUUUUGCCUGUUUUGUAGGCACUAGAGAUUUAGUGGAUGUAGCAGAUGGGUAGGUAAAAGACCAUGCCUCGCCUCUCUGCUUUUUUCUGAAUGCACAUAAAUAACAUUAAAAGAAUUAGUACGCAUUGUCUGCCCUUUCCAACUCUUGAGUCUUGCAUGUUUCCCUUUUGAACCUUUCCCAUUUUUCAUGUUCAAAAGGACAGGCUAGCAGUGUAGUUCUCUAUAGGUCUGUGCAGAAGCCGGCCCCUUUUGAGUUCAGUGGGGCUUACUCCCAAGGUAAGUGUGUAAUAGGAUGGCCACCUUCAUUCUUAAAAACAAGUUUUAUUAGGAGUGGGAACCUUGGCUGGCUUCUUUGGAACUUAAACAUGCCAGCCAGCAGUGUUAAAAAUAACACACACUGUUAUUUUUCUGUUUUUGUGUCAAACGUCCACAUUUUAGCUUUGAAUCACAGUAUCGUUGGAAGGUACCCCAAGGGUCAUCUAGUCCAACCCCCUUGUGAUGCAGGAAUAUCAACUGAAGCAUCCAUGACAGAUGGCCAUCCAACCUCUGAUUAAAAACCUCCAAGGAAGGAGAAUCUGUCACCUCUUGUUGGAGUCUGUUCCACUGUCGAACAGCUCUUGCUGUCAGAAAGUUUUUCUGAAACUUUGUCAGAAUCUCCUUUCUUGUAACUUGAAGCCAUUGGUUCGAGUCCUACCCUCCGGAGCAGGAGAAAACAAGCUUGCGCCAUCUUCUAGAAAACAAAUAGAUAAAAUUUGAUAGACUAACCAGCCCAAGGAUACACACACACACACACACACACACACAGUGGUACCUCGGUUUUAAGUACACAGUUGGUUCCAGAAGUCUGUACUUAACCUGAAGUGAAUUUUCCCUUUGGAAGUAAUGGAAAGUGGAUUAAUCUGUUCCAGACGGGUCCGCGGAGUACUCAACCUGAAGUGUAGGCUACUUAACCUGAAGUAUGAGUGUAAUUGGUUCCGGAAGUCCGUACUUAACCUAAAGCGUACUUAACCUGAAGCGAACUUCCCCAUUGAAAGUAAUGGAAAGUGGAUUAAUCCGUUCCAGAUGGGUCCGCGGAGUACUUAAAUUGAAAGUACUCAAACUGAAGCGUACUUAAACUGAGGUAUGACUGUAUAUAUAUCAGGCUUCCCAUAGGCAUCUGUUUGGCCAAUGUGGGAAGAGAAUUCUGGACUAGAUGUGCUAUUGGCCUGAACCAGCGAGGCUGUUAGGCAAAAUCCAGCUUGUAAACAGUGGUGCUGCUCUUCCGCUGUGGCAGAAAUCCAUUUCUCAGUGUCUGGUUACCAUGCCAGGCCAUUCGGUUAUUUACCUCUAUGUUUACCCUGAAGUUUCAGAGAAGAACGGCUUCCAUUCAUAGUGUGUCUCUCAUUUCUGCUCCACCCACAGUUGCUCUGGCGAUGCAGCUUGGGAACUUUCAAGUUAUCCACUCUGUUGCUCGGCUACGUAUUCCAGGCUCCUCCUCUCUGACUUUCUUUUUCCCUUUCAGUCUCUCCCUGUGUGUGCAUGUUCCCAUCCCAGAUCUUUUCGGAAGAAUUCCGCUCCGCCGGGUUUUGUUUGUUUCUGCUGCGAAUGUUAAAGCCGAAAGGCCUGGCUUGAAUGCUCAGCUUUCCUUUCGUAGAGCGACCAUGCAACCCCCUAUAGUCACGAUGACCGACUGUUCCCUCUUUCUGCGCUCUUUCAAGCAAAGUAAAUCCGCUGUCAGGCUGAAAGAAGACAUGAAGAAGAUUGCGGCAGCCCCACUGAGCGGCCAGAGGGGAGCUGCCUGCCAGAAGGUGUUUGGCGUAAGCCUGCAUGAACUUCAGCAGCAGGGACUGAGCAAGAACGGAGUCCCAGCCGUCGUGUGGGAUAUUGUCGAAUACCUGACUUGGCAUGGGCUGAAACAGGAAGGUCUUUUCAGGGUGAACGGCAAUCUGAAAACCAUGGAGCAGCUUCGAGGGAAGUACGAGAGCGGAAAGGAAGUGGAGCUGCCUGUGGAAGGCGACGUCAGCUCAGCGGCCAGUUUGCUGAAAUUGUUUUUGAGGGAGCUGCCUGAUCGGGUGAUCACUUCUGCAGCACAUCCUAAAUUCAUACACCUGUAUCAAGACAUCCAGAAUGGUAGCCCAAAUGUGAACGCUUUGAGAAAACUCCUGAGGCAGCUUCCUGAGCCCCACUAUUCCCUGCUUAAGUUCCUCUGCCGGUUCCUGAGGAGAGUUGCCGAUCAUCACUCCGAGAACAAGAUGACUGUUUCCAAUCUCGCCACAGUAUUCGGACCAAACUGUUUCGACGUGUCUUCUGGAUUCGAAGGGAUGAAAGAGCAGGAAAUCUGCAACAAAAUCAUGGCCCAGAUGCUGGAGAACUACACCGCCUUGUUUGAAUGGGAACACCCGAGAGAGGAGAACGAAAAAGGCCCAUGUGAAGAUCUAGCAAAAAUUAUCCUUGUGAAAGAGGCUGGCUGCAAGCAGACACCGCCAGUCAUUCGGACAAGUGUUGACAGAGAACUGCCAAAGCUGAGUCCAAGGCACAAGGUUGCAAAGUACAAGCAAGAAGGAUCUUCUCCAGCAUGCUUGGUGCCGCAGCCAAGACUGUCAGAUGGAAUUCCCUGCGUUAGGGUCCAUUUAACGGACAGCUUACGCUCGGAGGAGAUGGAUUUAGCUGACGAAAUCUCCUUUAUAAGCAGUGCUGCAUUCUUCACCAGCUCUCAAGAAGAUGAAAGGCCCAUGUCACCCUUCUACCUAAGUGCUCACGUGUCACAAGUCAGCAGCAGCAGCAGCAGCAGCCUCCCUCCUACUGGAGAAUACUUAGAAAAGACAAUCCGGUCAGCAGUCGAGCAACAUCUUUUUGACGUUCAUGGAUCCGGCGGUCAAAGCUCUGAAGAAUCCGAGUCGGGAACAUCAUCCACAUCCUCAAACGUGUCUGCCCGGCAGCGGCGGAGGCAUCAUAAAGAACAGGAUGAAGCCCGAAGGAACAGAGAUAUGGAGGUGAUCAAUAAGGAGAAUAUUCCUUCUGGAUUUGGCAGCAUUGAAGAGUGUAUGCUGACUGCUCAAGAAGUAGAAAAACUGCAAGAGGCCAGCUCCGGAUAUAUCGGAGAAAGGAGUAAACCAAAGCGACAGAAAUCCAGCACCAAACUUUCUGAGCUUAAUGACAACCAGGACAGUCCUCUGGCAAUGGAAACUUUUGGUUCCUUGAGACCAGUGGACAAAACAGGACCAGAUGACAUGGAAGUGUUUUCUGAAGACAGCAAAGACAAUGAAAGUGACAGCGACUUGUUAAGGCAUCCUCAGAAUUCAGGCAUGAAGAUCCAGGAGCACCCCAGCAUUCCUGAAGCCAAAUUACAGAGGAACCAAGAUGCCGAUGGCCAAGAAGAGAGCUUUGUAUCCGAAGUGCCUCGACUGGACCUGACAGCCUUGUGCAGUGACAACAACAACUGGGAAGAGCCCGUCCCUGCCUUUUCCUCCUGGCAACAUGAUGGCUUAGAUUCCAACGAAGCUCGCCUCUCUCCUCAGGCUGGCCGCCUCAUUCGCCAGCUGCUGGAUGAAGAUAGCGACCCAAUGCUGUCCCCUCGUUUCUAUGCCUACGGGCAAAGUCAGCUGUACCUGGAUGACACAGAAGUACCUCCUUCUCCUCCCAACUCACAUUCAUUCAUGAGGAGAAGAAGUUCUUCUUUGGGGUCUUAUGAAGAUGACCGAGAAGAUCUGACACCAGCGCAGCUGACCCGCAGGAUUCAAGGACUGAAGAAAAAGAUCAGGAGGUUCGAAGACAAAUUUGAAGAGGAGAGGAAAUACAGACCAUCACACAGUGACAAAGCAGCCAACCUGGAGGUGCUGAAGUGGACAAAUGACCUUGCAAAGUUUCGGAAGCAGCUGAAAGAGUCAAAGCUGAAGAUGUCAGAGGAAGACCUGGCUCCUGUGAUGCGUCAACGUAGCAAUACACUUCCCAAAAGUUUUGGCUCCCAGCUGGAAAAGGAGGAAGAGAAGAAGCAGGAUGUGUCUGAUAAAUUGACUAAGCCAGCAGUGGAGGGAACCCUGGACACCAUCCAGAAGAAGCUCCAAGAGAAAAGGACCGAGGCAAACCGGCCCGAAGACAUUAAGGAUAUGACCAGAGAUCAGAUAGCAGCAGAGAAGGUAGCUCUCCAAAAAGCCCUCUUGUAUUACGAGAGCAUCCACGGAAGACCAGUAACGAAACACGAGCGGCAGAUGAUGAAGCCCCUGUAUGACAGAUACCGCUUAGUCAAGCAGAUCCUCUCGAGAGCCAACAGCAUCCCUAUCAUCGGUUCCCCCUCCAGCAAGCGGAGAAGCCCUUUGCUGCAGCCAAUUAUCGAGGGUGAAACUGCUUCCUUCUUCAAGGAGAUUAAGGAGGAAGAUGACGGUUCUGAAGAAGACAGCAACACAAACCCAGAUUUCACGGUCACCAUAAAGCCGGACUUCAACGUGAGAAGUUUCUUGGACCAUCUAGAAGAUGAUGGCGACGGCUUUGUUUCCCCGGUGGAUGAUAGGAUUGCUUCAAAAAGCAGCCACGAUACGGGGCUGUCAAAUCUUCAUGCUGCCUCCAUGCCAGAACUUGUAGAACAGCUCCAGGAAGUUAGGGAGGAGAAGAAGAGAAUCAGGAAAAAACUGAGAGAUUUUGAGGACAAUUUCUUCCGGCAAAACGGAAGGAAUGUCCAGAAAGAGGACCGCACUCCUAUGGCUGACGAAUACAAUGAAUACAAGCAAGUUAAGGCCAAGCUGAGGCUGCUGGAGGUCCUCAUCAGCAAGAGAGACAUUGGCUCCAAGAUCAUGUAACAAAGGCACGCUUGACCUUGCCAGUAGAGUUAAGAAGUUGGCCGAGCCAAAGGAAGGAUUGCUUGAAGAACUCAGCGAGGCCCUUGUUCUGUGAGGGCCUUCUUAGCAGCAAUCCCGGGGCUGUGUCUGACAAGGAGGAGGGUCCUGCAUCUUUUCUUCAGACUUGGGGGGGGGCUCUCUUGCCUCCAAGCUGGUUCACCCAAGCCAGCAGGAGGGGGGUGAGGUGGGUGAUACACUCAAAAGACUCGCCACCCACCCCACAAGGAAGGGUCCUUCUGCUUUGAUCAGCCUGCGACUUGUGAAACGCUUAGACUAACGAGAGCCUGAUUUUAUGGCUUCUCCUGCGUGUCAACAAGAGAGAGGUGAACUAGUUUGAGUUAUCAUGAAUCGCCAAAUAAUUGUCUGUAAUUGUCAGACCAAUAAAGCACCCAGGUCUGUUCUAAUGCGGAGGAGCUUGCAUCCUGGGGUGAUUCUGUGGCUUUGCAAGAAGAGGCGACACCUCCUCCUCGGGAUCUCGCGCUCGACUGCAAUCUCAGCUUGUUGGGGCCGCGACUUUUCUUAAGGUUGCCCUCAGUUGAAUGUUUCGAAUUGGUGGGAAAGCACUGUGUGCCACCCUUGGCCUUUUUUUAAGUGAGUGGAGAGAGACGUUUUCUUGUUCUCCUGCUCCCCCUCCCCCCC